UGUAUCACUACUAGUCCAAUUCACACCAUCUACCAGAGAACAAUCUAAUUACAUGUACCUAGGAAACAAAUACCAGGCUCGGCGAUGAAUGUCUGCAUUGCCGCCGACUUAUUAUACUCAAUGUGCCUCUUCUAUUGAGCCAUCCUUCUUCUGUAACCUGUAACCUCUGACCUCCAACGCUCUGUAGCCUGCGCAACGCAUCUGGUGGCAUCGCGGUGCCACCAGACUGACAUCCGUCGUCAUCAUGCCACGACGGGUUCAAAAUUACGAUGACUAUGGCUCCGCAGUCCAACAGAUUAUUCUAUCAACUUCAGAUGCCGAGUUCGUCGACCAAUUAAUACCUGUCCUGAAAGAUGCGACGACAACCAAUAGAGCGGCCUCCCUCACCCAGAACCUAUCACAAUAUGCCGAAGAUCGGGAGACAGAGAUCGAGAGGAUAGGAUUGACAAAGCAUGAGGAGUUUCUGGGUUCCGUAAAUCAGCUGCAGAAUGUCCGCGAGAGAACGGUUGCAUUGACUGCCGAUAUCCUCGAACUGAACCAGUCUAUUCAAGCCAGUACCGAGAAGUUGGCAGAGCAGAAACAAGCACUAGUCAACACGCGAGCCGUCCGAGAGAAUAUUUCUGAUGUAUCCGAUGCCUUGAAGGAAUCUCUGAAGAUACUGCACGCAGUCAACAAUGCCCACGACUUGGUUCGCAAGAAGAAGUACUACGCUGCGCUCAAGUCACUCGAAGACCUCCAGAACGAAUUCCUCAUCCCGAUCAUACAGAACAACUUUGCUACCCAGCAUCAACUCGCAAACAUGAUACAGAAGUCCAUUCCUGCAUCUCAGAAAACCAUAUCCGAAGCUGUCAUGACAGACCUUAAUACUUGGUUGUUCCGCAUCAGAGAGACCUCGCAGUUCCUUGGAGAGGUGGCCUUCUAUCACACCGAGAUGCGUCGUACACGUCAACGAGAGCGCGCCGAGAAUGACGAAUUUCUGAACCAUUUCAAGCUGAACUCUGCUAUCGAGCUGGUCUUCGAUGAGAGUGAGGAAUUCGAUGUACUUGAUAAUGAGGAACUAAAGGUCGAUUUUACCCCUCUGUUCGAGGCCCUUCACAUACAUGAGGCACUGGGCCAGAGUGAUAAAUUCCGGUCCGAGUAUGCUGCCACUAGAAGACGACAAAAGGAACUACUUAUCCCAAGUUCUGUGAGCCUCACUACUGAUGACGAAUCCUCUUUGAGCAGCUUGCUGGAAGGCAUUGCUGGGUUCGCCAUCAUUGAAAAGGCCACCAUGCGCCAAGCACCUCAGCUACGAACAGCUAUCGAUGUUGAGGAGCUAUGGGAUUCGAUGUGUGCUGCAGCAAUAUCUUUGACUUCAAAGGCAUUGAGUGAUAUCAACGAUGCCCAAAUCCUCCUGAAUAUCAAGGGACGCGUCGAUCUUUUUAUUCUGACAAUGGAGGGUUGGGGGUAUUCUGUCUCGAGACUUGACGAAUUCCUGGUCGACCUCUUCGACAGAUACGCCGAAUUGUUGAAGAGAAGGUUCAGCGAGGACUUUCAAGAGAUUGUGUCGACUGAUGACUACAUGCCAAUGGCCAUAAAUACCAGGGAAGAAUAUGAGAAGGUGGCUAACGUUAGCUGGUUUGUUCCAGAGAAGCCCAACGAUGAGCUUGUGUUUCCAUGCGUUUUGCCCUUUUCUCAAAUGUAUCCGCUGUGUUGUAUCGACAUUAGAAAUUUCCUCAACCAGUUUUAUUUCUUCUCGGACGACCAUUUCCAACACCCAAACAAGAUCGACGAUACACUACGCAAGUCUCUUGAUGAGCUCCUUACCGAGAAGGUGUGCAAAUCUUUGGUAGAGAGAUUGAGUUCGCAAUACUUGGGUCAGAUAGUACAAAUCUUGAUCAAUUUGGAACACUUCGAGAUCGCAUGCCAGGAGUUAGAACAACUCUUGAUUCGAGCACGAUCUUCGGCGUCCGCCGGAGGGCCCCUGACCCUUGCAGCUACCGAGCAGUUCAGAGAGAACAAGAAGACCGCUGAAAAGCGCAUCUUCGAGCUGGUGAAUUCUAAGAUCGACGACCUGGUCGAAACGGCAGAAUAUGACUGGACCGCGAUUAAUCGUCCCACAGAACCGAGCAAUUACAUGCAGACCUUGACUAGAUACCUUUCGAACAUAAUGAAUUCGACGUUGCUAGGACUGCCAAGAGAGAUUAAGGAGCUCAUCUACUUUGACGCCCUCAGUCAUGCGGCGAAUAAGAUUCUUGCCCUUCCCCUAUCGCCCGACGUAAAGAAAAUCAACCCGAACGGCGUGGCGGCGCUUUCGAUGGACGUCCAACAUCUAACCACCUUCGUGGACGGCCUCGAGAAUGGCUUCAUGCUUCGGUCCAACCUGGACGAGUUGGAGCAAACAAUCCAACUCCUUCAAUCAGAUAACACGGACGAGUUCUUCGACAUCUCGACCAGGAACAAGAAGUACGGACGCGUGGACGCCAUGAACGGCCCGGUCCUGCUAGAGAAACUCACCCAACAAAUCAUCAGUUCGGGCCAGGCUGCCCAAAGAUUUGCCAACUUCUCGUCGAACCUCUCGUCGCGGUUCGGUACUAAGUAGAGUAGAUGGGUAUAUAAACUGUAUGCGCUGGGAUAUCUUAUACAAUCUGGACCGGGUAUGCCAAGCAGUCUUGUAGCUUUCAGGAACGUAGCACGCCUCAAACACAUCCCUAAGUCAACGGAUGGGGAUGGUGAUAAGGAAGCUGUAGCUAUAGCAGGAUGCGUGAAUAAAAUCAGAUGCUGCCGUGUAACGAUCGCGAUACGGUGAACAUGAACGUAAGCCUAGUAGGCAAGUACGUAGGCUGGUUAGGAAGUGUAUAUAUACCAAGCAAAGCCAUCACAUUUCCAUUCAUAUCGCAAGUAGCUACGCAGAUGGAUAUGAUCAAGCGCGGGAAAUCAUAAAAAAAUCAAUCGACG